GCUGCAAACAUUCUUCACAGUUUGAAGAGAGAGCUCAGAACAAAGUGAGCCGAUUCUUCCUCAACGAAGGAGACGACGCCCUCACCACGCAAAAAUGGCGAAGGAGCUCGGUCUCAUCGCCAAUCUCAAAUCAUAUCCGCCAGCGGUAUUUUUGAUGCUUGGCAAUGAAUUCUGUGAACGUUUCUCGUUCUAUGGAAUGAAAGCCAUCCUCACCCUGUACUUCAUCUAUGAGCACGGAUAUACUGAGAGCUUCGCCACAUUGAUCUACCAUGCCUUCACCUGCCUAGCCUACUUGUCACCCUUAGCCGGAUCCGUUCUUGCUGAUUCAUACCUCGGACGAUUCAAGGUUAUCCUCUAUGGUUCAAGUAUAUACGUUCUUGGUCAUGUGUUGUUAUCCUUUGGUGCUGUACCGACUAUGGGAUUAGCGAUGAGAUCUAUCUUCGACUUCGGUGGUUUGUUCGUGAUAGCUAUAGCCACUGGUACCAUCAAACCAUGUGUUUCGGCUUUUGCUGCUGAUCAGUUCUCCGAAGAGCAGCAGAAUCUACGGGCGCAAUUCUUCUCGUUCUUCUACUUCGCCAUCAACGGUGGCUCAUUGCUUGCGAUCAUUCUCACACCGAUCCUUCGAGGCCGAGUGAGCUGCUUUGAUUCGCAGUACUGUUUUCCACUAGCAUUUGGAGUACCCGGAGUGCUGAUGGUGGUGGCCCUGCUGUUCUUCCUUACAGGAUGGAAAUGGUACAAGAAAUACCCGCCAAGCAGAGAGAACGUGGCUUCUGCUGUGGUGCGAUGCAUCUGGACAGCAGGAUUACGAUCCAUUUUUGGACGUUCAAAUAAACCAGUGGCGCAUUGGCUGGAUCGGGCUGCUCCCGACCACAGCCAAGAGAUAAUCCAAGCAGUGAAAUCGUUUGUGAACGUAGCUGUCAUAUUCGGUCCUUUGGUGUUCUUCUGGGCUCUUUUUGACCAACAGGGUUCCACUUGGGUUCUUCAAGCUCGCCGAUUGGAUGGCCGCAUCGGAUGGAUUAGUGUAUUACCUGAGCAGAUUAAUAUCCUCAACCCGCUCAUCGUUAUUAUCAUGGUUCCCAUUUUCGAAGCAUUUAUUUACCCAGCUGCAAGAAAGGUUUUGCGCGUCACUCCACUUAGAAAGAUGGCCGUCGGAGGUCUUUUAACCGCCGCAGCAUUCAUCAUGGCUGGUCUUCUACAGCUGGAAGUUAAUAAAACGAUGGAAUCUCCACCCGCUCCCGGUCGAGUAUAUCUGCAACGCAUUGGAAACGCUAGCAAUGUGCACUCGUUCCAGCGUUUGGGCGAUGUUGCCACUGUCAUAGGAGAUCUACCCAGAGGCAGAACUGAAAUUGACGCUGGUAUGUACAGUAUCCAGGCUGGAGGUCAGACGCAUACUGUAGAUCUUAGCGUUCCCGAGAAAGGCUACGUUGUUGGCUUAUUCAAUUACAACAGCACAAGCUCCAAGGUCUACACAUUCAUGUAUGCGACGGAAAAGACUGACAAUGGUGCGUCGCGAGUCUAUUUCAUGGUACCGGAAGGUGACGCUGGUCGGGUGUUCGUUGUCAACUACAAAGACAAAGUGAUUGCACAGCAGAACUUGUCCUCUGGGAACUUCCUAGACAUACGACCUGGAUUCUUCGAUAGUGGAAAAUACAUGCUUUAUUACGGCAAGGAUUGUGAAGGGACGUCUUGUCCAAAGAAGAUUCCGUUUACGGCUGCCAUGGGAUCUGUGAGAGUGCUACACAUCCAUGAAAAUUCCAGCGAAGCAGACUAUCAAGAGCUGGUACGUCCAAACACUGUAUCAAUCCUGUGGGUUUUACCACAGUACUUCGUCAUCACCAUUGGCGAGGUCCUGUUAUCAGUUACCGGUCUCGAGUUUGCCUAUUCGCAGUCCGCUCCUAACAUGAAAAGUGUUUUGCAGGCGUUAUGGCUGCUAACGGUGUUUAUGGGCAAUGUGAUAGAUAUGGGCAUCAGUGGAACCCACAUAAUUCCAGAACCGGCAAUGGAAUUCUUUUUCUAUGCUCUGCUUAUGAUACUCACCAUGGGAAUAUUUAUAGUGCUGGCUAUGCGGUACACAUACGUCGAAGAUGUUGAAAAUGAUCAACCGAUGCAGGAAAAGAAACGGAAAGCCUCUGAAGACACAAAUUCUCAAGCCAAUUCGACAACAAGUGCUAGUGAAGAUUCCCGCAAAAGCAGCGAAUUUCAAGUCAGAGGUUUAGCCAAUGGCGAAGAGCUGAAGACACCAACGAGCAUUCUAACAACGUGUUCUUAUGAUUCUUAA